AUGACUAUUUAUAAUUUUUAUUUAUUUAACAAAUAUGGAAAAUGUAUCUAUUAUAAAGAUUUCCAACGUGUUCGUAAAAAUGAUAUGGAUCAAGAAGAAGAAUUUAAAUUAAUAUAUGAUUCUAUUCAACAAUUAAAAUCAUAUACUACAAAUUCUUAUAAAAUGUUUUAUAUGGAAACGUUAACUGAAUAUAGAUUAAUUAUAAAUACAGAUCCUGAUGCCUCAAAUAUACACGACUUAUUACAAUCGAUUUAUAAAAGUUUUGCUGAAAUUAUUGUAUCAAAUGGUUUAAUAGAUCCAAAUGAUAAGGUUAAUUGUGAAGAUUUUGAAAACACUAUCAAUCAUCUUAUUACUUCUCAUCCAUCUUACCAAAAAGUAUCAUUAAUUAAAAAUAAAUAA